UUACAUAUGCAAUUGGGGAAAUCUGGGGAAAUUACGCACAAGUGAAAUUUCCCAAACACGUUCGUUAAAGUCCCAUACACACAUACACGCACACGCACAAUGGAAAGCCUGCAACCGGGUGAUGUAUGUGUGGAAUGCUCCAGUAAAGGCUUAAAUCACAAGCUGCGCUAUUUUUACUUAAAUCGUGAGGAGCAGCUGCUCAAGUGUGAAUCGCGUCGCUGUCUUUGGCCACACAAUGACGCCGUAUCCUCCUCCGAUGAGGAGGACAUCGAGCCGCCGACACAUUCGACGAAUGCGGAUGACGACGAAUUUAUAAAACAACUGCUUGAGCAGCUGGCAUCAGGCACAACCAACGAAUCUUCAAUGGAAAACAGGGAAAAUAAUUCCAGUUGUGAUUCUAGCUUACCGCCAAAUAUCCCAUCGAGCUCCGAUGCUUGCAGUAUUGAGGAUAUUCUCUCUUCAAAUUGGGAGAACGCGCAGCAGUUGCUCAGCAGUCCAAAGAGUGCACUCUCUCUCACACCGGCUAAACAGACAAACGAUCUCGAACAAUGCGAUAAUCGCUCAUCUCCUAUAUCUGCAACAACAGUUGCAGCAACAAUAACUACUACAACAUUGUCUAUGCCCCAUUUGCUGAGCGAAUCUGAGCAACCAGCAGUAGCUGUGUCUAAUCUCAAAUCUGUGAUCGCGCAAUGCAAGGCUGGCGACAUUGCCUAUACAAUUUCCAUUCCGCAACCAGAGCUCACUCCAAAGAGCCCAGCUAAAAAGGACCUGCCCAAAGCGAAUCCCUUUCAGACGCCGCCUAAAAAGGCAUCCACAAUGGUGCGCUCGCAGUUGCAGCAGAAACCACAGCCACCAGCACCGCCUACAAGUUCAACAGCCAGCCAGUUCCUGAAUUCAUUAAAUCGUCAACCAGUGCAAAGUUCGCGCCCCAGACGUAGCAGGCAAUGUGCGCGUCGGGAAAGUUCAAACAGUGCAGGAACUGCCCGACCCAGCACACAAGAUAUCAAGAAGACACUGGAACGUAUCAGCAGGCAGAAGGAGAGCAGAGCUGAAAGUGAAUCGGAACCGGAACUGGAGCAGGAAGCAAAGUUCUAUGCAAAUGCUAAGCAAAGCCAAUGAACAAAAAACAAAGCAAAACAAAAUAUGGAAUUCUUGCUCCGUUUCGAAAUAAAUCGCGAUGAAAAAUUUGCAAGAAUAUGUGAGUGUAUGUGUGUGUGCAAACAAUUCCCGUAUAUUUAUAAGCAUUCGAGAUUUUUGACGGUCGCCGUUUUAUUUAUGCUCGGCACGCGUCCGCCGCAUGUUUGAGCAAUGGUCGCCAAAUCGGGCGAUAGCGCCGCGAGAAAUUGCGGAUUAAGAAAUAAACACAAAAGGAGGAAAGCGGGUCAGACCAAGUGCGUCACAAGAUGAAAUGCAAGUCGAUGCGAAGUGCAUCUCACUAAAAUAAACAGUGUCAGAUUAUAACAGUGGUGCAAAAGCCCUUGAAACCGUAAAAUUUAAAGA